AUGCCCCCGAAAUCAACUUCAAAAUCUACGACAACGUCGACGGCUAAGUCGCAGAAACAGUCAAAAUCCAAGCCGGUGAAGUCUUCGGAAUAUGUGGACGAUUCCGACCUUGAUGACGAUGAACCGAUGAUGGAUGCGCCGCCGGCGAAAGCGACUCCAAAAGCGACAGAGAAGACUUCGAAGAAGAGGAAUAGGGAUGGCACUGAGAAGGUCAAUGGAGCUGGAGGCAGUUCAUCCAAGAAGGGGAAAGAUAGCGCUGCAGCCUCUAGCUCGAAGACCGUGAAGGAUAAUAAGAAGACGAGCAAGAAGGUUGUGGAAGUCGUGGAAGAGUCGAGCGAAGAGGAAUCUAAAUCCGAAUCUUCAGAGGAAGAGUCGUCGGAUAAGGAAGAUAGCGAGGAGAGCCAGAGCGAGAGCGAAGCCUCGGAGCCAGCGAAAACCUCGAAGACCACUCAGUUUAAACUUCCACUCGAUAAAGAUGUCCCACCCGGAUUCACUCCCCUCGAUAUAGCAUCCACAGAAUCUAUCCCGUCAUCACUAGGUGGGAAGCAAAUCUUCCUAUUUACAGCUCCCUCCAAGUUCAAAUUCUCAGACGUCAAGAAGAUCAAGCUUCAUAGCGGUCUAGACGGCGAGACUAUCGAAUCAGAUGAUGUCAAGUUCACUAUACGGCGAUCGAUGGACUCGGUCAGUUCCAGCAUGAAGGUCAUGAUCCCUAAACAAGGGAAGAAAGGAUACCAGCUAGCGUCCGUCGCACCAACCGUUCAAUACUUGAUAACAGAGGCGCCACCAUCUGGACGAACAAAAAUUGGAGAACAGGGAUUACCGCCUCCACCUCGGAAACAACCAGAAGGGUUGAAAAUGCGGUUUAUGCCAGCAGGGUACGGAGAAGAGUCCGACUAUAGCAUCAACGAAGCUGUGUUACCCCGGAGAGACCUUGUCGCGAACGGGGACCACGAUGUAGUUAUGGAUGAAGCUGAGCCUGUUAUUGCAACGCCGAAGAAAUCCAAAGGAAACAAAGACCAAGUUGCGGAGACGCCGAAAGAGAAGAAAUCGAAGAAGUCGAAGACAGUAGAGGAAGUUGUAGUAAUCGAAGAGGACGCGUCCGAGGAGGAGAUUGAAACUAAGAAGUCAAAGAAGGAUAAGAAAGACAAGAAGGAUAAGAGUAAGGACGAGGAUGGGAAGAAGAAGAAAGAAAAGAAGAGUAAGCAUGAUGAGGAAGGCAAGAAGGAGAAGAAGAAGCAUAAGAAAGAGAAAGCUGAAGCCUGA